AUGGCUGGCAGAUCAGUUCAUACACCAGCUGAUCCAUUAGACUCCAAGAACACGACUAUACCAACGCCAAGACGCGAGAAAUUCGAUGUGGAUGACUCUACUCAAGUGAUAGUAAAGAGCCGCAGGAAACUAGGUCCGCUGGCUAUAGGUCUUAUUGUUCUACUCGUGAUUCUGAUUGUAGCGACCGCUGUGACUGUUCCAACCGUUCUUUUAACCCGACGAACAACAGAAUUCUCAACUGUUCCCAAGCCCACUAUUUCGUCUACGAUUCCAUCAACAACAGAAUCCUCAACUGUUUCCAAGCCCACUAUUUCAUCUACGAUUCCAUCAACGACAGUUGUCACUUCGACAAUCGCAGAAACAACGAUGGAUGAUACUACAACGAUGGAUGAUGCUACAACGAUGGAUGAUGCUACAACGACGGAUGAUGCUACAACGAUGGAUGAUGCUACAACGAUGGAUGAUGCUACAACGAUCACUACUACUGUAACAGAGACGACGGGAUGGUUUAACACUGGUAACAUGAAUAUUACACGAUAUAUCUCCAAAGCAUCUGUAUUAACAAAUGGAAAAGUUUUAGUUACUGGUGGAAUAAGUAUGGGUAGUAUCACAAAUAGUACUGAAUUGUAUGAUCCAUUAUCAGAAAGUUGGACAUCAAUUGAUAGUAUGAUUGAUCCACGAGUUUGGCACACAGCAUCCAUAUUAACAAAUGGAAAAGUGUUAGUUACUGGUGGAUACUUUUUUACUGCUUUGGAUAGUUCAGAAUUAUAUCAAUCAUCUUAA